AUGCUGCAAGAGGAACUCACUGAAAAAACGACAGAAGAUAAGCUCCGCCGUUUGGCUUCAUUCUUCACAAGUAAAAGUUUUGAUGACAUAGACAUGUCCUUCAACCUUCAUAAUGACAUCAAUGUGGAUCGCGAUUAUUUUCUAGAAAUGAUGGCUGGAGCGCUUACCUAUCAUUUUGGAGGGCAUGCUCUUAUGAAAAUUACUGUAGGACCUCCAUCAGGUCUCAUCAGGAAUCCUAUGGAACUAGAAGAUCACCAAGAAAAGAGUAAAUACCAAGUGGUAGAGCCCUUCUUCGGAACAGAGGAGAAGAUACGUCGCCUAGUGUCGCUGUUUUCCACCAAAAAACUAGAUGACAUCGAUAUGACUUUCGAUAUACGGAAAGAUAUCAAUGUCGAUCAUAACUACUUCUUCGAGAUGCUGGCUGGUGCGAUCACGUACCAUUUCAAAUUGGAAACAGACCCCGAGACAGUGGAAGCGUUUUCAACACUGAAAGAUAUCGUCGAUUAUGUUGACAGCCGACAGUGA